AUGGAUGCUGCCGGUCUCGCCGUCGGUAUUGUGUCCCUCUACCGUGCAUGCUACGAAUGCUAUAGCUUCUUCACUGAUGUGAAAAAGGCGGAAGCAUCAUCUUCUUUUCAUAUGCGGGAGCUAGAGAUUCAGCAGGCCAUUCUCAAAUCCUGGGGCUUUCAUUGGCAAAUUCUCAGUGGGGAUAGCACCGAGGCAGCACUUCCCAAUGACGCUGAACGAGAGCCUACCAAACUUAACAAGUAUCUCCUGAAAAACCGGCACAAGGCCGAAGCCGUCUUCAAAACUCUCUCGGCUCUUGUCGAUACCCUUUCCGACCAGAAAAAGCUCGUCGGUCGCUAUGGCAUUCAACUUAAAUCAGAAUCGGAGAUUGUGAGCAAUAUCGAGUUGAUCAUCCCGGACACGGCAGCCGUGCAAGUCGGGCCGAUCAUCACCGAGGUCAGGAACCGUCUUCUACUUUCACCAAACUCAAGUGGGCUAUGAAGGAUAAGGACAACUUCAAGAAACUCAUCACUGACUUAAGAACCCAUGGCGACACACUCUAUCGCCUCUGUCUUGAGAACGCGGUCCCCUCAAUGAACAUAUAUUUCGUCAUGGAAUGCGUGGCGGGGCAAGAGUCACCACCAGUACUGAAGUGGACUUCUAAGCUUGCGAAAGAUCAGGCAGAACUCGAUGGCGACUUUUCAAUGCGAGAGGCGUACCAGUUGCUGGCGUCGGCGGCGACUCUGAAAGCAUCCGUCAAUGAGAACAGAGCCAAAGAGGACGCAACCAAUGGUGAGACUCUUGCCGCCAUUAGUAAAACUCAGCCUCAGAUGUUUUGUUUGGGGAAAGGGCUUGCCCUUUACGAAGGGCAGGUCGUCUACGUCGAAAUGCGCGACUAUCGUGGGCCGCCGCUCGACCUCACCCCUGAGCAGAAGAACCAAAUCAAGGAGCAAGCAAAGAAGAAGCGUGAUCAAAAGAAGCGGCGCCUCCUCAAAGCAAUAGCACUUAAAGACGCUGUCUCGAAAGGUCUUUACUCUGAGGAUGACUCGAGUUCGCAGAGCGAAUUCGACAGCAGCGACAGUGAGGCCGAGGAUGUCGAACCGAUUCAAACUCUCAGGCCUGCCGAUCCCAAGCUGCGCGCUCUCGUCAAAAACUUCUUCAAUACCUUUAAUGGUGACAAUAUGAUGAAGAGCGUCCAGGGUCUGGAUAUCGCCGGCAUGAUCGACUAUACAGAGGGCGAGCAGAAAGGCCACUGCAGCAUCCUCUACAAGCUACCUGGCACGACGGGCAUCCAAACCCGCCAACGGCCGGCGCAAAACCUGAAACUUCGGCCCCGUGACACUGCUAUUACUCCUUGGUACCAAGGGCAAAUCGGGUAUCAAUUCCACCCUGGGUGCACGCUUUGCCCGGCACGCAAGCUUGUGCGUGCCGUGUGUCUGCUUCACUCGAGUGGCUGGCUGCGCAAGAACAUACGGUGCUCUACUCUCUCGAUAG